ACAUCGACGGUUAUUCGCCGCAGCGCUCCCACUUUGCUGGGCUCAAAUCCGACCCCAGAUCAGCUCUCACUGAAACGGGAGGAGGGAGAGCCCCGGCGACGAGCCACGAGAAUAAAAAUGUCUGAACCGGACUGUCCCACACAAUCUGUCAGGAAAGUCUGCGAGAUCCCACCCCUGGAUGGAGAAGUUAAAGAAACGCUUCUCUCUGAACAACCAGAGAAGAUCCACGCGGUUCCGAUCCACCGGCGUCCGGACCUGCUGUUGACUUGCGCAGACCUGGUGAACUCCGAGUGGCAGAGGAGCCAGGCGGCUCGGGUCCACUCCCUCCAGAAGUCCUGCGCAGAUUUCCCUGUGUGCCUGGUUCUGCUGCAGGGCCACAGAGAGGCCGAGCGGCUGCUGGGCCACGCCCGUCUGUCCCUGGUUGUAGGCCGCAGCAGCAGCCUGUUUGUGGAGUCAGUGGUGGUGUCCAAGGCGGAGCGAGGGAGGGGCUACGGUCGCACUCUGAUGGAGGAGACUGAGCGCUACGCCAAGAGCAGAGGGUUCAAAAGCCUGUACCUGACGACCCACGAUAAGCAGCACUUCUACGCCCACCUGGGAUACGUACUGUCCACGCCCGUGCAGAACGCAGGCGCUAUGACUUCGUUUGUUCCCAUGGAGACGCUCUUAAGGUUCUCCAGAAUGCAGAGUCGAGAGACAAACACACAAGAGCAAACACGGACAAAGAUGGAGGCUCAUGUACCUUGUGUUGUGGGGUCAACUCCACCUCCUCCCCCCCCACCUCCUCCCCCUCAGUCUGCAGGGCAGCUUGUAGUUCAGACUCUGACUGAAACUCCCCACAGAGACGCCAAAGGAGUUCCCAUCUACUGGAUGCACAAACACAUUUGACCAACACACACUCAGAUACUGCUGGACACACACUCAGAUACUGCUGGACACACACACACACACUCAGACACGUGUUUGUUUCUCUGUGCACACAUCAAUAGAAAUAUACAAAUUCAAAAAAGCUCAAUCACCAUUAAUGGUCUCUCAGACACAAAACCAGUGUGGGAAAAAAACAGGCUGUGGAAAAUUCAGAGAGAAAUAGAAAUAUUGUUAUAAACCAAAGAAAUGCAGAGGUUUUUUUUGGAUUCAACUGGUUUAUAAAAAAUGCACAUCUAUUAUAAAUUGGAGUGCCCACCAUACCAAAAUAUUUUUUUAAACUUUUUUAUGGGCUGUCUAAAAAAACAAGAUUCAUUAAACCCUUCAGAUAUCAUUCCCCUUCCCAUGGCACACGCGGGAUCUUUAUAAUAUACAGGUUUUAUGGCAUUAAAACUAAUUUGUUGGCAUUUUAUCAUUGUCCAAACGGUAUCCUUACUGAAGUGUGAUGUGAAAACUUGAGUUCAGAUAAACUCAGAAAGGAUUUAACUUUCUGUGAAGUUUGAGAAAUCUGCAGUUACACUUCAAGAUGAAAAAAGGUAAUAUUGAUGUGGAUACAUUCUGGAUGCUUUAUUAUCUAUUGAAUCAAACUGUUUCCUCUGGAGGGAAUCUUUUGGAAGGUAUGGCAUUCAUAAAUAUGGCAUUUGUUUAGAUUAACAAACCAACAACUCAACAUUCUUGAUGUUUUUAUGUGGAAGUGUAAACUUGAUCAUGAGGAUUAAUGUGCCUUGUUGAACUGCCAUAGAAGUAAAGCUUUAUUAGAAUCACAUUUCAUGUGGAUGAGUCCUAAUCAUCUAAUAACUCUUUCCAUUGUGAACAUCUCCGGUAAUAAACAUCAUUUAUAAACGUA